GGGCACACUUCUUCAGUCAACUCAGUCUCGUUCUCGCCGGAUGGGACUCGCAUCGUUUCUGGUUCGCGUGAUGGGACUGUCCGGCUGUGGGAUGCAGAAACGCGGCAACCAGUCGGUGAGCCCUUGAAGGGGCACACUGAUUGGGUCUACUCAGUAUCGUUCUCGCCAGAUGGGACCCGCAUCGUUUCUGAUUCGCUCGAUAUGACUGUCCGGCUAUGGGAUGCAGCGACGGGGGAGCCAAUUGGUCAGCCAUUGAUGGGGCACACUUCUUCGGUCACAUCAGUCUCGUUCUCGCCGGAUGGUACUCACAUCGUUUCUUGUUCAUUCGAUGGGACUGUCCGGCUCUGGUAUGCAACGAUUAGGAAGUCAUUGCAGGACCACGCCGAAGAAGACCAUUCACCAUCCUCCCCGCACGGCAGUUGCAUCCCACAUCCAACAGCGGCCAUCGCCACACCCAACACUGCGAACGAUGACUUUAUUUCCUUCUCAUCCAACUCGGCACAUGCACUGUGCGACACUGCUGAGCUACUCGCAGGCACUUCCCAUGACGACCACACGUUUUUGCUGGGAGCCGAUGGAUGGGUAUCAGGACCAAAUAAACAGCUAUUAUUCUGGGUGCCACCUGGUUCUCGAGAACCAUUCUAUAAUUCUCGGACUGCAUUAGUGAUACCCAGAGGUGGUGUUGAGCUUGAUUUCCGUCACAUGACACAUGGGACACGCUGGCAGCGCUGCCGCAAGGACUCUUGAUUACGAUGAUCUCAUUCUGGUGAUAAUUUUCGGAGAUGCCUGAGACACUUCGUCGAGUACAAUUGGAGUGUACAUAUCCUGAGAAAAGCGACACAGUAGUUUGAUAGUUCUGUGGAAGGUGCCAACCACACAAUCUGUCUGCUUCAUUCUGUCUAUAAUCGAAUCAGAGUGCAACUAUGUGGUCGAUGAAGAAGUCAUUAGAGCUCUGUGGCUUUUGGGGGGGUUAACACCAUUAAACACAACAUAUGUGCUACGGUCUCCAAAGAACGAACGGUGAUGAUUUUAACUCCUUGGAUGUUACCGGUGGUCGUGUGUUUGAUAGUAAGGAUGCCAUUGAAUGGAAGUACUAUUGCUAUUAGUACUAGUACUAGGUCAUCAAACAGCGCUGAGUGACUAU